AUGGACAUACAUGAGAUGUCAGCAAUUGGCCUGUCACUGGCACAACAGGAAGGGUUGCAGAAGCUGCUCCUUAUCUUUGGCCCUAAGGGUGUGGAGUACCUCAUUGCCCAGGGCGAAGAAGAGGUUAACAAGCGUGUUAACAUGCUUGAUGAAUAUAAUAAAGCUCUAGUCGAGCAUGUAAAGGCACAGAUGCCUUCUUCUGCGCCUACGCCCAUGGUGACUAUGGUGCAAGAAGUGGUUCGCCAACCAAAACCCAUACAAAUGGAAGUCAAUAAGUUCGACGGCAAAGAAGGUAAUAACCUUAUGCUUGGCUUCAGGCAGGUGAGUCGGCUAUGGUUAUAG